AUGCAGACCUUGGCGCCCAUCCAUCUUCUCCCCGCGAGACCUGACAGCGCCCUCGAUCACUGGCGAGGUGCGGUUUGGGGCAUGAAUAACCCGGCCGCCUACACUCCCCUCGAGUCCCUGUUUCUCAUCCAAGCCAUCCUCAAGCACGGCGUCGAGGCCGCCGCAUUCACCAAGGUCUCCGAUCUUCUCGUCAACAAUCCGCUGAUCAAGGAUGACAAGACCUAUGACGCCGCACGACUGAGCCCGGAUGCGCUCCGACAACUCUUUCUGUACUUGAUACAGGAGGAGCUUCGGAGUGGGAAUGCGACCGCAGAAAAGCCCGAUGGCACCUCGUCGCCCAGUUCCAAGAAGCGCAAGCUCGGCCCUCCGCCGUUGCCUACAUUGAGGGAAGUGAAGGAACAGCUGCAUAAGAUCCCGGCGCUGGUUGAUCGACUCUACUCGACGUACAAGAAUCAUGUCGUCAAGAGUGUUCGGGAUGAAGAGCGGCGCAUUGAAAAACUGGCCAAGGAGAUUCAGGUCCUCGAAGCGCAAGAGGCCGCCGACCGAGCCAAGGCCAAUGCGUCCCGUCAAAUAGGACCGAACGGCAAUCAAGGCCCAAAGGCGACCCCGACGCCUGUUCCGAUACCAUCGCCGAUUCCGACGCCUGCGCAAGCUGCGGCGCAUCCCAAGACCAAGCCGCCGACGCCAACGCCGCCUGCCGAGGCUCCGAGACCGAUCAGGCCCGCCACCGGACAAGCUUCCGCUCCCACACAAACUCCUGUGCCGAUUCCAACACCCGUCCCGUUACCGCCCCAUGCCCAUUCCCAUGUCCGACCGCCAACAACUGCAGCAUCGACUCUGGCGAGUGCCCCGCAACCUGCACCGGCAAAACGAGAUGUGGUUCCUUCUACAGGCGCAUUCCAACCGCCGCCUGCGCCGCCUCCGGCGCAAGCUGUGUCAGUAGCCGGCGCUCCUGCUCCGACGCCUGCCUCUGCCCUGCCGGUCAAGCAACAGCAACCCCUCAAGCAGCAGCAGCCUCCCAGACCUUCCAACAGCGCUGGUCACGUUCUUCAACUUCCCGGUGGCCCUGGUCACCCGCCAGUCCGUCCCGGUCAGUCGACAUCGCCAGUUCCUCUCCCGGCCAUAUCACCUCGACCAGACAACAUUCCGAAGUCUCGGACGACAGCGCCGCCAGCGCCUGCGCAACCCUCGACACCAGGGACUCUCAAGUGGGAAAAGCCGUAUCAACCCGCUGCCCCGCCAUCGCAACCAUCGGGCCGCCCGAUGCCACCUCACAUCCCCUCGACAUCCUCUCCCUCUACCCCAGGCCAACCACAUCAGCCCUCACAGUGGUACCCUCAGCCGGCAGGACAGUAUCAUGGGCCUCCGCACCCACCACAUGUUCCGAUCCAGCCAAACCCAGCACAGAGACUUCCCCAGCAACAACCACAUUCUGUAUUAGUGCCGCCUCAACCCCAGGGGCAGGCUCAUACCCAACUGAAUACUCAAGCUCCGGUCCAGAGCCCGGCCCAGUCUCAGUCCCAGGCCAACCCACCUCAUCCACCUCACCCGCCUCAUCCACCUCAUCAGGCUCAUCAUCCUCACCCGCCUCAAGCACAGUCCAAGGGGCAGUUGGUGGCUCCAACGCACUCAACUCCGGUCAAAAGCCCUUCAGAGAGACCCGCAAUCCUGCCUCAGGGUCGUCCGUCAUCGACGACUCCGAUUGCCCCUCCUGUACGACCGCAACCCCCCCAGCAACAACAACAACAACAACAGCAGCAGCAGCAACAACAACAGCAGCAGCAGCAGCAGCAACAACAGCAACAACAGCAACAACAGGCCCAUUCGCCAUCUCCUCAUCCUCCCCAUACCUCACAACCUCCUCAUCCUCCACAACCACCCGUCGGGUAUCAACAUCAACAAAGGCCUCUUGCUGCUGCUUCGCCUACCCCCCCAUCUGGACCCCCGGGACAGACUGCGGUCCCUCCCCCAAGAUGGCCCCAGGGUUACCCACCACCAACCUACGCGCAACAGCAGUUUAGCCCUUCCCUGGCGCCCGCUUCAUUCGGGGCGAAGUCGGCCGACGCCCAACGUCGCGUCAGCUCCCCGCUCAACAAGCAGCAACACCCUCGUCCAGCGAUACCUCCCCACCUUGCUCCACAGCACACAGCCGUUCCUCAACCGACACAAAGACCCGCGAGUACGCCUAUUCCGCCUCCACAAACGCCUGUUGCCGCACCUCCUGCGUUCCUCCUUACCGGCUCUGGUACCAAAUGGACAUUGAAGUCCACGCCUUCUACCCCCCGUCUGACCGGAACCGUAAAGGAGGUCGCUAGCCCCGCUUUUGAGCCGCUGAGUCCUGUUCAACAGUCUACAUCUCUGCCGCCGCCGACGCCAUUGCAAGCACCGAAGAAGGCCAGCCCGAAGCCGACACCGGUGCCCAUUCCGGUGCCGAAAACAGAGGCGAGGACCCCCGGGCCUCGAGGUCGGGGCCGACCACCUCGCAGCGCAAACAAGGUUCGUGCUGGCAGCACUCCAUCUUCAGUGGUCGGUAUGCGGAGAAGUCAGUCGGUGGCAUCUCAGACAGAUGAGCUGUCGAUGGAUCAUCACGAGUUGGCGCCUAGGAUUAAGGAUGAGAACACCACUCCAAGAGCGACUCCAAGAGCGACACCAAAACCACAGGAUGACACGGGCGAUACCACUGCUGAUGAAAGCGUGCCGAGUCGAAGGAACAUGAUUACUCCCAGCAGCGUGUCAUCACGGCUGGCUCACAAACGGAAACGUCAAGACACCCCGACGGAGCCACUGCCUUUGCCCACGGCACCCACUCACGUCGUCUGGACGAGACAGUUUGGCCGUGUAAGCGCUGCCGCUCUCGACCAAAUCAGUGCCCACCGAUUUGCGAACCAGUUUGCAAAUCCGAUCCGCGAGCGGGACGCGCCUGGCUACAAGACAAUCAUUCUGCAACCACAGGACAUCAAAUCCAUCCGCGCGGCCAUCACUCAUGGCAACAGAGCAGCCACGGAAGCCGCCAAGGCUCUCCCGGACGGAGAUCCAGGUACCGGAUCUGUUCUGUUGCCAAUCAGCGAGGACCUAGUGCCACCCAAGAGCAUCAUCAACAGCGCGCAGCUUGAGCGAGAGCUCGUCCACAUGUUCUCCAACGCCAUCAUGUAUAACCUUAACCCAAGCCGCGGACCGGGUCCGGCCUUCAUGAAGGGUGGAACAGCAGCUGAUGGUGCCGACGUGGUGGGUUAUGAGGUUGACGAGGAUGCCGUAGUCCGUUCUACGAGGAUGAUGUCUAUGGAGGUUGAGAAGAUCAUCGGCGAGCUUCGCAAUGCGGAGAAAGAACGCACAGGUCAAGCUACGUCCAAUUCCGGCAAUACGAGGCCGGCCAGUGUCGCCACUGGCGAGGAUACGCCGAUGGCGGAGGAUGAUGUCGACGAGUUGGCUGGUGACGUCGAUAUGGGGUCGACGACGAGGAGAAGGCGCGUGGGCACAAGGAACUAG